AUGUAUUCGGUUACAAUAACACUAUGUCUAUGUUUGUGCAUCUUGUCUGAGUCAAUGGGCGGGCUCGUGGUUAUGAGUCGCGUCCCCCCGGAUCCGCGGAAGAAGUUCAAAAUAGUAUCGCAACUACAGCUGAGAGGACCGGAGUAUAAUAUGGCUGCCGAUCAAAAAGUUAAGUCGUCACCGCCACCACCGAUCUGUGACUGUUCACAUGUAUCCGAAUAUCCUCAUCCGCAAGUCGUCGGUUCGCAGGUAACCAGCCGCCGUCCACAGUACAUCGACGAUCCGAAGGUAAACGGAUACCGUCCACCGCACAUCGGCUACUCUAAGGUAACCGGUUACCGUCCAUCGGCGUCGACGAACUGCCCAACGCAAUGUCCUCCCCGAUGCACUAUGCCUCCGUGGCCGACUCGCCGGACGCCACCGCCAUGCACGACUUAUCGGACUAUGCAGCCACCUUGUACCACGUGCUGGACCUUGCCACCGUGUACGACGUGCCGUACCAAGCUGCCAUGUACAACGUGCCGGACACUGCCUCCGUGUGACGAAUGCCGGACAAAAAAACAUCCGCCUGUAUUGGUUGUAAAUGUCAAAAUUAACCUACCACAAUAG